ACCUUAGAUUUGGGGUCAGCUCUGAAAGCUUCUAGUAGCUGUUUUUGCCUAUCUAUUAUCUAUUUAGAUAUGUUGUCUUCAGACAGUGAUGUUUCAGAUAUCUCCAUCUCACAGUCUAACAUCCAUUCCUAUCAUACAUGAAAUUAAAUUUCCCCUCCCUUCCCUUCUCUUCCCUGUUACCUCACUAUUAUUAAUAAAUUGAACAUAGGAGGAUUUUGACUACACGCACAACACAAUCUCUCUCGAUUGAGUAGAAGAAUAAAGAUGACGGAGAAAUUCCUGACGGUGCCGCCAUUUGAGUGCGCGUGGCGAGAGGAUUUGAAGUUCCGGGAAGCUGGUCGGGGUUGCGUGGCAUUCGAAGCAUUCGCCUGCAACGAUGUCACGCUGGUUUUCCGGGAGAAUGUGGGAAGCCAAGGCUACCAUUACAAAAGAGAUAGCAGUCCUCACUACACAAUCAUAUUGGGGAGUCACAGGAAUCGACGACUCAGAAUUGAGGUUAAUGGAAAAGCUGUUGUCGACGUGGCAGGGGUUGGACUUUGCUGCUCUUCUUCCUUUCAGAGUUAUUGGAUCAGCAUCUACGAUGGCCUGAUUAGCAUAGGCAAUGGCAAAUACCCUUUCCAGGAUGUUGUUUUCCAAUGGUUGGAUUCCUAUCCCAACUGUAAUGUUCGGUAUAUUGGUCUCAGCAGCUGGGAUAAACAUGUUAGGUAUAGAAAUGUUAAUGUCUUGUCUUUAACACACACUCAUUUGCCACUUUGGAAGCAUGUCGUUUUUGGUGAUUACCAAGUUGAGGAUGAGGUUGAUGUAGUAGACAGUUACAAACACAAGGAUUAUGACAAAUGGGGGCUCAAAAAUUUUCUUGAGACUUGGGACUUGUCUGACGUGUUGUUCAUCGUUGGUGAAGAGGAAAAACCCGUUCCUGCUCAUAAGGCAAUUUUAGCUGCAUCUGGAAACUUUUCUUCCUGCUCCUCCUCCCCCUUUGUCAUCAAACUACCCACAGUGUCUUACCCGCUUCUCCAUGCACUGCUUCACUACAUCUACGCUGGCUGGACCCAGAUUCCACAGGAACAACUUGGUUCUUUGAGGGCUUUAAGUCUACAAUUUGAAGUGAUGCCACUGGUGAAGCAGUGCGAGGAGACUAUGGAACGGUUUAAGUUAGAUAAGGGCAAGAAUGUGGAGUUAACCUAUCCAUCUAUCCAAGCUCAUUGUUCAACAUUGCCCUCACUUCCUGUCAGCGUUCAGAGACUGAGACAAUUGAAAUUAACAGGGCAGUACAGUGAUGUGAAUAUCUACAUUGAGAGUUAUGGGUUUGUUACACGAGCACAUAAAAUUGUUCUCAGCUUAUGGAGUAUCCCCUUUGCCAGGAUGUUCACAAAUGGAAUGAGUGAAAGCAUGUCCUCAGAGGUUACUCUAAGGGAUGUGCCACCAGAAGCUUUCAAGGCUAUGCUUGACUUUUUAUACGAUGGACAACUGAAUGACAAAGUUAUAGAUUCUGGUGCCUUUUUGCUCCAACUCCUUUUAUUAGCUGAUCAAUUUGGAGUGACUUUUCUUCAACAAGAAUGCUGCAAAAUGCUAUUAGAAUGUCUUUCAGAGGACUCAGUAUGUCCACUCCUUCAAGUGGUUUCUGCAAUCUCAUCAUGUAGACCUAUUAAAGAAACAUUGCAGAGGAGAAUUUCCAUGAACUUCGACUAUUAUAUCAGUGCGAGUACUGAAUUUGUUUUGUUAGAUGAGACAAUUUUCAUCAAUAUCAUUAAGCAUCCGGAUCUGACUGUAACAUCUGAAGAGAAAGUUCUUAAUGCAAUCCUAAUGUUUGGCAUGAAUGCAAAAGAAUUAUUUGGGUGGGAAGUUGUAGAUCGGUUAAUAAUAAAUUCAAAACCUGAAGUCCUUUUUGGUGAGAGGCUUGGGUUAGUUUAUGACCUGUUGGCAUUUGUGCGAUUUCCACUAAUACAAUAUUCCUUACUUGAGAAGUUGCAGAAUAGCAACAUUGGGCAGCAUAUUCCUGUUUUCCAAAAUCUUGUUAAUGAGGCCAUCAAUUUUGUUAAAUGUGGGCUGGCAGGACAAGAAAAUGAAGAGAAUGUUAGAUUCAAACAUAGACGGUCCAGUUACAGAGAACUCCAGUACAUUUGUGAUGGAGACGACCAUGGAGUUCUGUAUUUUGCUGGCACAUCCUAUGGUGAACACCCAUGGGUUAAUCCUCUUUUGGCAGAGCCAAAGAAAAUUACCAUUACAGCCAGCAGCCCUCACUCAAGAUACACGGAUCCCAAGGUUUUGGUCUCAAGAACCUACCAGGGAACAUGUUUUGCUGGGCCUCGAUUGGAAAAUGGACAAAACUGUACCUGGUGGAUGGUUGAUCUUGGCCAGGAUCAUCAGCUUAUGUGCAACUACUAUACACUUAGACAGGACGGAUCCAAGGCCUUUCCGAGAUGUUGGAAUAUUCAGGGCUCACUGGACGGGAAGAGCUGGACGAACUUGAGAGUCCAUGAAAAUGAUAGGACAGUAUGCAAACGGGGUCAGUUUGCCUCUUGGCCCAUAAUUGGCUCAGAGGCUUUGCUUCCUUUCAGAUAUUUCCGGGUUGUUCUCACAGGACCCACUACCGAUGCCACUAAUCCCUGGAAUUUCCACAUUUGUUACUUGGAACUAUAUGGCUACUUCCUCUAAAACGCUUUUGGUUUGGCACCAUAGGCAUAUCCAUACUACACUUUCCUAAUCACCAUUUCAGCUCUGUCAUGUACAUUAUGGUUUGCUUAUGGACUAAAUUAUUUUAACUAAGUUAUGGAUAAGAGAAAGUCAAGUUUCAAAA